AAUGUUGCCCCUCCGCAGCCGCCGUAGCCGAGCCGGAAGUGUAGCCUGGCCGGUCUUCUAGCGAGAUUCCAACCAAGAGGGUAGAGAUGGCUGACGUGGCGAGUCUUGAAACCCCACUGUGCUCGGAACAGUUUGGCUCCGGAGCUGCACGGGGCUGCCGCGCCGCCCCAGACGGCAGCCUGCAAUGGGAAGCGGAGGAAAGGCGCUGGUGGAGGUUCCCCGCCUUCGCGGUGAAACCCACAGGACGAGAAGGGGACGGAGAGGGGUCUCCUGGGCCCGCUUUACUCCCUCUGUCGGGUCUGCAGGCAGUUUUCCUGCCUCAAGGCUUCCCCGAUAGCGUCAGCCCCGAUUAUCUGCCUUACCAGAUAUGGGACUCCGUGCAGGCCUUUGCUUCCAGCCUGUCCGGCUCCCUGGCCACGCAUGCAGUCUUGCUGGGCAUAGGUGUGGGGAACGCAAAAGCCUCUGUUUCAGCUGCCACGGCCACCUGGCUUGUGAAAGAUUCAACUGGCAUGCUGGGCCGUAUCAUCUUUGCCUGGUGGAAGGGGGGCAAACUGGACUGUAAUGCAAAGCAGUGGAGGCUUUUUGCUGACAUUCUCAACGAUUUAGCCAUGUUCCUCGAGAUUAUGGCUCCCAUUUACCCAAUCUGUUUCACCAUGACCGUCAGCACCAGCAACCUGGCCAAGUGCAUUGUGAGUGUGGCUGGUGGGGCCACUCGAGCUGCACUGACUGUGCACCAGGCUCGGAGAAACAACAUGGCCGAUGUAUCAGCCAAGGAUAGCAGCCAGGAGACGCUGGUGAACCUAGCAGGGCUCCUGGUCAGCCUCUUGAUGCUUCCUCUGGUGUCAGAUUGCCCUAGCCUCAGCCUUGGAUGUUUCUUCCUCCUCACUACUCUCCACAUCUAUGCCAACUACCGGGCAGUCCGUGCCCUUGUCAUAGAGACUUUGAAUGAAAGCCGGCUUCAGCUGGUCCUGAAGCACUUCCUUCAGAGGGGAGAGGUACUUGACCCCACUUCAGCCAAUCAGAUGGAGCCAUUGUGGACAGGUUUCUGGCCAUCUCUGUCUCUUUCCCUGGGGGUUCCAUUGCACCGCCUGAUCUCCAGUGUCUUUGAGCUGCAGCAGCUGGUUGAGGGGCAACAAGAACCCUACCUCCUUUGCUGGAACCAGUCACGAAACCAAGUACAGGUAGUUCUGAGUCAGAUGGCAGGCCCUGAGACAAUCCUAAGGGCUGCCACACAUGGGCUGGUACUUGGAGCCCUUCAAGAAGAUGGACCACUUCCUGAAGAGCUGGAAGAGCUAAGAAACCGAGUGCGGGCAGGUGCUGAGAAAGAUAGCUGGGUCAUCAUCAGAGAGACACAUCAAGUGUUGAACAAGCUGUUCCCAAAGUUCUUGAAAGGAUUACAGACAGCUGGCUGGAAGACUGAGAAGCACCAGCUAGAAGUGGAUGAGUGGAGGGCCACGUGGUUCCUGUCUCCAGAAAAGAAGGUCUUGUGAGCAGUCCAGAUGAAGGCCCAGGGCCCAGGACAGGAGCAUGGAGCAAGGACACUUAGACCACAACAGGACAUAGGAAAGGCAACUUUAUUUUUGCUUUAGGUGAAUUGCUAUGGCAGGUUGGCCAAGGCCUCAUAGGAAGUGACUGCCAAUCAGAUGGACUGGACCCCAGGUAGAGAUAAGGCAGGAAGAACGAAGACCUUC